CGAUCGUGCCCAUUUCGAAAGCAAGCGCAAAAGCCAAAUAUACGUACGUACGUACUUCCCUCCAGCUCGAUCUCAUCUCGCGUAUAAGUCAUGGAGUCGUUCACAGGCUGGCGUUGCUUCUUCCUUGCGCUUUUCCUCGCCUUCUCUGCCGCCCGCGGGCAGCUCAGCACGACCUUCUACGCCAACACCUGCCCGGGCCUGUCGCAGAUCGUGCGCGACAACAUGACCACGGCCAUCGCCAAGGACCGCCGCAUGGGCGCCUCCAUCCUCAGGCUCCACUUCCACGACUGCUUCGUCCUGGGUUGCGAUGCGUCGAUCCUUCUGGAUGACGUGGGUGGCGUCGUGGGCGAGAAGAGCGCCAUCCCGAACGUGAACUCCGUCCGCGGCUACGAGGUGAUCGACACGAUCAAGGCGAGCGUAGAGAGUUCCUGCCCAGGCGUCGUCUCCUGCGCCGACAUCCUCACCCUCGCCGCACGGGACGGAACCUUUCUGCUGGGCGGGCCAAGCUGGGACGUGGCGCUGGGCCGGCGCGACGCGACGACGCCGGCGAGCCCGAACGUGGCGCUCCAGAACCUCCCGCCCUUCUUCGCCAGCGUCGGCGAGCUCAUCACGGCGUUCGGCAACAAGGGCCUGACCCCGCGCGACAUGACGGCGCUCUCCGGCGCGCACACCGUGGGAUCCGCGCAGUGCAUGAACUUCCGCGACCACAUCUGGAAGGAAACAAACAUCGACGUGUCGUUCGCAAACCUGCGCAGGAGCACCUGCCCCGCCACGGCGCCCAACGGCGACGGCAACCUGGCGCCCUUCGACGUGCAGACGGAGCUCGUCUUCGACAACGGAUACUACAAGAACCUGGCAGUCAGGAAAGGCCUGCUCCACUCCGACCAGGAGCUCUACAACGGCGGCGGCCCGCAGUCGCAGGCCGCGCUGGUGAACCAGUACAGCAACAACAACAAGCUCUUCUUUGAUGACUUCGUCGUGGCCAUGAAGAAGAUGGGGAGCAUCGGCACGCUCACCGGGAACGCCGGACAGAUCAGGCGCAACUGUAGGCUUCAAAGCAAAGGCGAUCGAGAGAGCUUAAUUAACUCACUGUGCAAGGUCGCUAUGGCUUGGUCCACUACGACCUGGCAUUGCCUUGUUGCUCUUUCCCUCCUCUCCUCCGCCGCCUACGGGCAGCUCAACACCAAGUUCUAUGACUACAGCUGCCCGCACCUUGAGUUCAUCGUGCGCCUCAGCAUGUUCAAGGCCAUCCUCACCGAGCGCCGGAUGGGCGCAUCCCUCCUCAGGCUCCACUUCCACGACUGCUUUGUUCAGGGAUGUGACGGAUCCAUUCUUCUGGACGACGUGCCCGGGAAGAACUUCACCGGCGAGAAGACCGCGUUUCCGAACGUGAACUCCGUCCGCGGUUUCGAGGUCAUCGACGACAUCAAGAGGAACGUGGAGUACUUCUGCCCCGGCGUCGUUUCCUGCGCCGACAUCCUCGCCCUGGCCGCACGGGAGGGCACCGUUCUGCUGGGCGGGCCAAGCUGGGCCGUGCCUCUGGGCCGGCGGGACUCGACAACGGCGAGCCUGGACGCAGCGAACAACGACCUCCCGCCGCCGACGCUAAACCUCAGCGCGCUCAUCCAGUCGUUCGCCAACAAGAGCCUGAGCGCGCGGGACCUGACGGCGCUCUCCGGCGCGCACACCAUCGGCUUCUCGCAGUGCCUCAACUUCCGCGACCACGUCUACAACGACACCAACAUCGACCCGGCGUUCGCGACUCUUCGCAGGGGCAACUGCCCCGCCGCGGCGCCCAACGGCGACACCAACCUGGCGCCCUUCGACGUGCAGACGCAGCUCCGCUUCGACAACGCCUACUACGGCAACCUGCUCGCCAAGCGCGGCCUGAUCCACUCCGACCAGGAGCUCUUCAACGGCGCCUCCCAGGACGCGCUCGUGCAGCAGUACAGCGCCAACCAGGCGCUCUUCUUCGCCGACUUCGCGGCGGCCAUGAUCAAGAUGGGGAACCUUAGCCCGCUCACCGGGAACGCCGGCCAGAUCAGGCGCAACUGUAGGGCCGUCAACAGCAGCUGAUCGUCGACUCUCCUAAUUUCAAACUUCGUUCUGCCAAGAUUUUAUAAGUUCUGUACGUCGUUUGUCGUCAAACACCUCAAGUAUUUUAUUUUAUUUUCCCCGGGCACCUCUGCGGGUUUUCUUUUUACUUUCUAUUUUGGUCAAAUUAAUUAAGUCCCACCUCUGCCGCAAGCACUUUGCACGUGUCAGUGCCUUUACUGUUAUUAUAACCACUUGCUGUUAUAUUCUGGGACGCAAGCCAUUUGCAUGUUCUUUGCUUGUGUAUCUACCACAGAUCUACGACUUAUGUUUCCUGAUCUCA